UACGUGCUGUUUUGCUAACACAGAGCCACGGUCGGCUUUGCAUCUGUGAAUGGGAGAGGAGACAUGGAAAGCCUGUGCUGGUUUAGCACAUAUCACAAUGAACCAAAGGUAAAGAUGUCUCAGGUGAAGCAGGUCGGCCUGUUGGCUGCUGGAUGUCAGCCCUGGAAUAAAGAUGUGUGUGCUGCCAGUGGGGACAGGUUUGCAUAUUGUGCCACACUUGCCAUAUAUGUGUACCAACUUGAUCACAGAUACAACGAGUUUAAACUGCGGGCAAUCAUGUCUGAACACAAGAAGACCAUCACAGCCAUAUCAUGGUGCCCACACAACCCUGAUAUGUUUGCCAGUGCCAGCGCAGAUAACCUGCUCAUCAUCUGGAAUGUGGCUGAGCAGAAGGCUGUUGCACGCCUGGAUAACACUAAAGGUAUCCCAGCCUCCAUAAGCUGGUGCUGGAAUGCUGGUGACAGUGUUGCAUUUGUAUCCCAUCGUGGUCCUCUGUACGUAUGGACCAUCUCUGGGCCUGACUCAGGAGUCACAGUGCACAAGGAAGCCCACAGUUUCCUAUCGGAUAUCUGCUUGUUCCGCUGGCAUACACUGAAGAAGGGAAAAGUCGUGUUUGGACACACUGAUGGAAGUCUGUCAAUCUUUCAACCAGGUUCCAAGAAUCAAAAGCAUGUGCUGCGACCUGAGUCCUUAGAAGGCACAGAUGAAGAAGAUCCAGUCACAGCACUAGAGUGGGAUCCUCUCAGCACAGACUACCUGCUGGUGGCUAACAUGCACAAUGGUAUCAGACUGCUGGAUUCUGAGUCUCUGUCCUGCAUUACUACCUUUAGUUUCCCAAGCGCUGCUGCUUCCGUGCAGUGCCUGGCCUGGGUGCCCAGCGCUCCAGGCAUGUUUAUUACAGGAGACUCUCAAGUUGGUGUGUUGAGAAUAUGGAAUGUAUCGAGAGUGACACCGCUGGAUAACUUCAAGCUUAAGAAAACCGGCUUUCAUGCACUUCAUGUAUUAAAUUCUCCGCCUGCAAAGAAAUCAUUUAGCUCAAAUUCCCCUUCCAAGAAUCACUACACUUCCUCCACUAGUGAGGCUGUGCCUCCACCUACUCUUUCACAGAAUCAGGCCUUCUCCCUCCCGCCCGGUCACGCUGUCUGCUGUUUCAUGGAUGGAGGGGUGGGACUGUAUGAUAUGGGCACCAAAAAGUGGGAUUUCCUGCGUGAUCUGGGUCAUGUUGAAACCAUCUUUGACUGCAAAUUUAAGCCAGAUGAUCCAAACCUUCUAGCUACAGCUUCAUUUGAUGGGACGAUAAAGGUGUGGGACAUAAACACUUUAACUGCUGUAUACACAUCACCUGGCAAUGAGGGAGUGGUUUACUCUCUGUCCUGGGCCCCUGGAGACUUAAACUGCAUAGCAGGAGCCACAUCCAGGAAUGGUGCCUUUAUUUGGGACGUGAAGAAGGGGAAAAUGAUCACAAGAUUUAAUGAGCAUGGGAAGAAUGGUAUUUUUUGUGUCGCUUGGAGCCACAAAGAUUCCAAAAGAAUAGCCACAUGCAGCGGAGAUGGGUUUUGCAUAAUUCGAACCAUUGAUGGUAAAGUCUUGCACAAAUACAAACAUCCAGCAGCAGUGUUUGGCUGUGACUGGAGUCAAAAUAACAAAGAUAUGAUUGCAACUGGCUGUGAAGACAAGAAUGUUAGAGUUUAUUAUUUGGCCACCAGCUCAGAUCAGCCACUAAAAGUCUUUACGGGUCACACAGCCAAAGUAUUUCAUGUACGUUGGUCACCCCUCAGAGAGGGCAUACUGUGUAGUGGAUCAGAUGAUGGAACUGUUAGGAUUUGGGACUACACCCAAGAUGCCUGCAUUAAUGUGCUGAGUGGCCACACGGCUCCGGUUCGGGGUCUGAUGUGGAACACAGAGGUACCAUACCUGUUGACCUCAGGGAGCUGGGACUACACCAUCCGUGUCUGGGAUACCAGAGACGGCACUUGUCUAGACACUGUAUAUGACCACGGAGCCGAUGUCUAUGGUUUGACAUGUCACCCCAGCUGUCCGUUCACAAUGGCUUCCUGCUCCAGAGACUCAACAGUCAGGCUUUGGUCACUCACUCCUCUAAUUGCUCCCUUAAUGGUCAACAUUCUUACUGACCACAGCUGGGAUGAUAUCAUUGGCAACACUGAUCGUGCUAUGGUUCCCGGAGCCCCUCCCCUUCUGUGUGGAAAAGUUUCUAGAGAUAUCAAACAGGAGCUGGAUAAACUCACCAGCGAUGUUCGCAUGAAGAAGCUCAGAUGGUUUUCAGAGUGUUUUUCUCCACCAGGGGGGAGUCAAAACUUGUGGGACCUUGUUGCUGUGAUCAACGGCCAAGAUGAUAGCCUUCUCCCACAGAACUAUGGGCAGGGUAUUGUGCAUAUGAAACACCUGGUUCGCUUCAAAACUUCUGAAGCACAGGAAUUGACCAUAGUAAAGAUGUCAAAGUUUGGAGGUGGAAUUGGAGCCCCCAGUAAAGAAGAGCGACUAAAGAAUGCAGCAGAAAUCCACAUCAGGCUGGGUCAAAUCCAGAGAUACUGUGAGCUUAUGGUGGAACUGGGAGAGUGGGAAAAGGCUCUUUCUGUCGCUCCUGGUGUUUCCAUGAAGUACUGGAAGAAGCUUAUGCAAAGGAGAGCCGACCAGCUCAUGCAGGAAGGCAAUGACGACGUCAUCCCGUACUGCAUCGCCACUGGCGAGGUGAAAAAGUUGGUGAAUUUCUUCACCUCUAGAGGUCAGGUGAAAGAAGCUGUGCUGGUGGCUCAGGGGGCUUGUGAAGGAAAUAUCCGUGGACCUCAGGUCAUGCCAAUAAACCACACUGCAAAUUCAGACAAUGACAACAUAGAGAAGUACUGCGGGCUUUUGCAUCGAGUGUGUAAAGAGCUGGCGGAGUGGUAUUUCCAAGAUGGCCGCGCUGUGUUGGCGGCCUGCUGUCACCUGGCUGUAGACAAUUCUGAACUGGCUAUGGCCUCACUGAUCAGAGGCAAUGAGUUGGAACUUGCAGUAUGUGUGGGCACAGUCCUCGGAGAAUCAGCCAGUAAAGCCACCCACUACGUUCUGGAGCUCCUGGCCAGGAAGUACAUGACCACUGCCACAUGCUUUCCAUCUGUGGCAUGCAGGGAUCUUGCAGCCAGAUUACUUCAGAUGAUCCCUGAUAAUGAAAUCCUGUUAGCCAAACUGUGUGCCUUCUACCCUGGCAGCUCAGCUGAAAUCAACGACCUGCACGAAAAGUGUGGUCUACCGACAUUAGAAGAAUGUAAAGAGCUUGCUGAGAGUGCUUAUGCUGAUGGGGAAAUCUUCCAAGCAGUAAAGUAUUACCUCCUGAGCCAAGAACCAGAAAAGGCUCUUCCCAUUGGAAUAUCAUAUGUCAAAGAGCAGCUGAGCUCUCCUGACUGGACUGUAGACUCUGUAUAUCACAUUUUAGACCUACUGAGCUACAUCAGAACCGACCGUCUUAUUCUCCCAAAGUGUAGUGAAGAGCGCAAUGAAUUGCUGAUUCUCUGUGGAUAUAUUGGUGCACUUUUAGCCAUUGGGAGACAGUAUUCAAGUAUAGUGCCUGCAUUGUAUGAAUACACAAGUCAGCUGCUGAAGAGAAGGGAGGUGGCUGUGCCUUUGCAGAUCGAGCAGUUGUCUGUAGAAUUGGAGGCCUGGAGAGCGUGCACUCAAUCUCUAAAAGCGCCAGAUGAAAGCUUGUACACUUCACCGUCUGAGGUCCAGAAACUAGAGUACAACCAGCUGUUGAGUCGGAUGAGAGAGGAGCCCAUCAAUGGCCUAGAGGGUCCUGACUAUGUCACCGGUUCCAACCUGCCCAGUCACUCUGAUGUCCAGAUUUCCUGCUUCACAGGCCUCAGGAUACAGGGUCCCAUGUUCUUCCUGGAGGAUGGCAAAUCAGCCAUUUCUUUAAAUGAUGCCCUUAUGUGGGCGAAGGUGAACCCAUUCUCUCCGCUGGGAACGGGUAUACGCCUCAACCCCUUCUGAGCACAAAUGAAUGUGAACAGUAUUCUUUCUGGUCCGGCUCUGGUAAUUCAGCAUCUGGUAGCAGAACAACACUCCAACAUUUUUUGAGGCUUUGCCUUGAUUGCUCACCUCAAUGUGCUUCAUGAUGUGCUUAUUACAGUAAGACUUGCAGAGCAUAUGCAAAGAAUCAGAUUAGCAGUCUUGUGCAUUGCCAUUUGUAACAUCUAAGUAACAUUACGGAAAUUCUGUGCUGGAUGCGCUGAUGAAUCUUAUACAUGAAGUGGGACAAUUAUUGACACAGACGGAUUAUGAUGUUACAUUUAGGUAUAGGGGUUGAAAUAGCCAAAAGGAUUUCUCAAUUCUAGCUGCUAUUUAGUUGGUGUACACUUCAUUAUUAAGGUCAAGCUUUUGGAUCAUGCACUCUUAUGAAUGUUUUGUAGAGCUAACUUAUUUUUCAAGACUUGAGUACAGUAAGGGGUAUUUAUCUGUACAUGUUUUUUUUUUUUUCAUUUUGCUGCUUUAACAUAAAAACAAGUUGGCAAUCAUGUCAGUUGUCUAUGUAUAAAAUAUAUUAAUUGACUAUUGAAUAUAGGAGUGCUGAGAGUUUAAAACUUCAGUAAUUUAGUUUUAAAGGCUUACUGCCAUAAAGUGUGAACAGGAGAUUAAGCCUUGCUGUUACAUUCAAAAUAUGUGUCUAGAUUAAUUUAGGCAAUAAGUUUGUAAAAAGCACACAUACAUGAAGUGAGACGCAUUAUAAUUCUGCUAUCUGUUAGUGCAGAAAGCUGGAUGUCUGGAGUGUAUUUAUAAAGACAACAUUUUUAGCAAAAUGGCAUAUAAGACAUAGAUAUUAAACAUACGGACAGGGUUUGGAUAAAUCCAGGACUAGGCCAUAGUUAUAUUAAAGGCAAUUUUCUUAAAAGAAAAAUCCAGAUAAUUUACUCACCACCAUGUCAUCCAAAAUGACAUCCCACAGACAGGGAUCCCACAGACAGGGAUUAGCUUAAGCCAGGACUGUGCCUAAGUUUAAUUAGGAAAUAUAACUAGGUUUUAACAAACAUGCCUAAAAACAUUACUUUGAGGCAAAACAAAAGGCACUGAUGUAUUUUAAGAUUAUGUCAGUGCAAGUUGUUUUCAAUUUGGACAGCUCUUACAUUUAUUUUAGUCUAGGACUAGUCUAAUCCCUGUCCGGGAAACCGCCCCUAAAUGCUUUAAUUAAAAGUUUAGGGUCAUGAUCUAAAAAGCCUUUUAAUCUAAAGGCAUAUGUCUGAAUUUUUCAAAUUGGGAAAAAUAAAACUGUGCCAACACAUUAUUUCAUUACAAUACAACCAGUGUGAAUACAAAUGGUUUAUAAUAAUAGGUGGCUACUUUUAAGAUAAACAGUAACAUAUUUGUGUCAUUACAAAGUUUUGAUGAGUUUGUUAUUACUCUAAAUGUUAAGGAUGAAAACGUAACUCUAAACUUUAAACUUUUGAAUGAUAGUGUUGCUAAGAAUUUUGAAAAGUUUGGAGGAAUUGUAUAUGAAGAUUUGAACCCCACAUGCAGAGACAUAUUUUCAUCAAAUUGCACUGUGAAUUGUAUUUAUUUGUAUAAAGUUUUAUUGUAGAGUUUGUUUAAAAAAGCUAAUAUGUACGGUGGCCCUGAAGUGCAAACCACAACGACAAAUUACUAAACAACAACAACAAAUUAAAAAACAACAACAAAUUUAAAAAACACUACAACAAACUAAAAAAACACCACAACACAUAAAAAAUACUACAGCAAAUUUAAAAAACACUACAGCAAAUUAAAAAACACUAUAACAAAUUAAAAAACACCACAACAAAUAAAAAAACACUACAUCAAAUUAAAAAACACUACAACAAAUUAAAAAACACCACAACAAAUUAAAAAACACUGCAACAAAUUAAAAAACAACAACAAAUUAAAAAAACACUACAGCAAAUGAAAAAUCACUACAGCAAAUUAAAAAACACUACAACAAAAUAAAAAACAAAUACAAAAUAAAAAACACAACAGCAAGUAAAAAAAACACUACAGCAAACUAAAAAACACAACUACAAAUUAAAAAACACUACAACAAAUUAAAAACACAACUACAAAUUAAAAAAACACUACAACAAAAUAAAAAACAAAUACAAAAUAAAAAACACAACAGCAAGUUAAAAAAACACUACAGCAAAUUAAAAAACACAACUACAAAUUAAAAAACACUACAACAAAUUAAAAACACAACUACAAAUUAAAAAACACUACAACAAAAUUAAAAACCAUAACAAAAUAAAAAACACAA